AUGUUAAAUCAAGGGAGAGCUCUUUGGUAUGCUCUGAAAGUUGAAGACUACGAUUUGGUUGAGUUUCUCAUCAAUUAAAAGACAGAUAUCCGAUAAACAUAUGAAUUUGAGCCAAAACGAUACUUAUCUACUGCAAGUUUGUUGACUCUUCGAGUUUGUUAGGCACGUUCAAAGGGAUUGAGUAAUCUUCACUACAAAAGAAUGUAUUAAAUACUUGAUAAUUUUCUGUAAUAUGCAGAAGAGUGCGACAUUCGAUGUCAUUGUUCAAAGAACUACGAACACAGAUGCCCUCUCUAUAUAGCAUUGAAGGCAUUGGGAGUGAAGAAGGAGGAGGAUAUGUUUAAUAAGAAGAAUGACAUUUUGAAGGCUUUGCUAAUCAAAGGAGCUAAUUUAAGGAUAUUCUAAGGAUAGACUUAGAUAAUUGAUGUGGAAGGAUAUCGACAAUAUCUGAUACAAAGAAUUUAAUUCUAAAAAACCAGUGGAUUCAAGUAAACAUAAGAUGGAUAUGCUACUUUUAGUCAAUGA